AAGAAACUAUAACACAUCACAAAACUCAUAAGAAAAAAUCUGCAAAACUAAAGAAUGGCUUAUGCUAGGCUUGCUCCUUUGGCUCUCUUCUUGCUUGCCACUUCCACAUUGUUUCCGAUGAAGAAGAUAGAAGCAGCACAGUGUUCAGGAGGUUAUUGUUCAAUGUUUGCGAAUAAAUCGUGCGGAACUGAUUGUGUCUGUUUCCCUUCGGGAAUAGUUUUUGGUGUCUGCAUUGAAGCACCUAGACCUUCAUUUAUGGCGAAGAUGAUAGACGGACAUCCGAACUUAUGUCGAUCUGACGAUGAAUGCAUGAUGAAAGGAAGUGGCAACUUCUGUGCUCGUUAUCCCAAUAACAACAUCGAUUAUGGUUGGUGCUUUGACUCUGAUUCUGAAGCUCUUAAAGGUUUCUUGGCCAUGCCUGCAGCAAUCACCAAGUAAUACGUGUAUGCCUGUGAAAAAAGUGGUCAUGCAUGCAUGAUGCAUCUUCUACUACUUUAUUAAAUAAAGGCUUAUGAUGCCUCUACUGCUAUAAAUAAAACUGGACUUUUUCUGCUUUAAAUCAAGUUUUUGCAAUAUGUGAAGAUGCACUGAGCUAUGAAACUCUUAUCAGUGUAGUCAUUUUCACCGAAGUGAAUGAUCUUUGCA